AUGGGGCUCGGCAACAUACUCGCCCAGCUCGAUGAGGGUCUCACCUCCCUCUUGGGCCAGUGGAAUGGCUACUCCACCGGCCUUGCCACGGCAUUUGUUCUCAUCAUCACCUACGCCAUCAUGACACGGGUAGAACCCGAGAUUCAUCCCAUGCUUCUGGCCCGUCAGGCGCAAGGCUCGCCCGUCCGCCAGGAGCGAGAGUCUCCCGUCUAUCGCGGAAACUCGGCUCCCCACAGCCUGCCACUCAACAGCGGCCUGAACGUCAAGGACCCCGGGGCCUCCAAAUGGGCCCAGGGACGGGAUGGCGAUCUCAGGGAUGUUUGGCGAAGGACUAUCUCUGGACCGCCUGAGGAAGACGGUCCCAAGGGGAAAGGUCGUAUUCUGACCGUGCUGGGCAGCCAGAAGGUCAUCGAGCACAAGCUCGAUGAUAUCACACGACAGAUCAACCUCAUUGGACAACACAUUUCCUCUCAGGGCGGAAGCAAGGUUGCCAUCUACCUGCCCAAUUCUGUCGAGUUCAUCGCAACACUCUUCGCAUGCUGCUUCUACAACUUGACUGCCAUCCUACUGCCAUUUGACCAACCAGAAGAUGCCGUCAUUUCCAUGCUUCAGAGGUCGGGUGCCGACACCGUCGUCACUGCUCCCGGAGCCUUCCCUUUCGACAGCGCAGUCAAGAGCUGCCCAGCUUUGCGCCAGCUCAUCUGGGUCGUAGACGAGGGCAGCAACCAUCUGGACUGGAACGAGGUGCCCAAAGGCAUGGGAGGCAGCGUCAACGUUUCUACUUGGCAAGAGAUUGUCAACGACAACCCCCUUACCGCCGGAACAGAGCUGCCGGCGGCAGACAGCAAGGCCGAGGUCAAGGAUGUGAUCAUCUUUUGGCAGUCGGAGCCCAGUACUCUCGAGGAGAUGGUGCGAUUCACGCAAGGCAACCUCGUGUCCGCCAUCUCAGCCCAGCUUACCGCUGUACCGACCAGGGAACGCUUCUCGCCCGCUGACCUCUUCCUACCCGCCGCCUCGCUCUCUUCCUCCUACACCCUUGUCCUGACCCUUGCUGCGAUGUACUCAAACUCCUCUGUUGCCUUCAACUCCGUGGCUGGAAGUGUGACGGAUCUGGACCUGGCCACCACCGGCGUUGCGCCCACCAUCGUCGUCGCGACCCCCGAGACCCUGAAGAAGACCCACGGCGAGACCACCGGCCGUAUUUCCUCUAUGUUGACACAGCUCUCGCACUGGGUACAGACGCGCAGCUUGGUUCAGAACGGCGCAAUGCCUGUGGCAUCCUUCUUAGCUUCAUACAACGACGGUCUGCGCCCGCGCAUCGGCAACACGGCGCCAGGCAAGCUACGCCUCCUCUACGUCGCCGAGCCCGCCAACGAGAAGACCACAGACACCCGUCUCUCUGAAACGACCCUCUCCGACCUGCGCGUCUUCACCGGCGCCCGUGUCAUCUACGCGUUGGCAGCGCCCAAGUGCGCCGGUGCCGUGACGCAGACCCAGUUCCACGACUACCGCAUUUCGGGAGACGGCAGCGGGUCGCACUUCGGCCCGCCGCUGAGCAGCACCGAGUUCUACCUCCGGGACAGCGGGAGCCACAAAGUCACGGACGAGAGCUACGUCGGCGAGGUCGUGGUCCGUGGCCCAGCUGUCGCGGGCGGCGAAGCUGCGUUGGGCGUCGUGGGCGCUGUGCGGCCGGACGGGACGCUUGCUUAUGCCUAG